UGAGACUGACAGCCGGCCAGAGAAGACCUAACAGAACACAGGAAGGAAAUCUCAAACAAAGACGCGCUGCUGGACUUAAGUUUUUUUUUUUUCUUCUCUUACCUCUUCUUUCCACCAAAGCGGAUUGUUUCCUUGAACGCAACUUGAAGGAUUUAUCUGAAAUUUUUUCCCUUUCACUGGAACUAUUUUAGUCACGGGCGCUUUCAUUAUUCAUUUCAACAUUAAUUUCCGUCGUCAUGUGUCAUCUCUGACAUGCACAGAGUCCAUGUAACCGGCGAACUGAGCGAGAGCCCCACAGAGCAGCGGGGCUCCGACGUCUGCUCGCCCGACACCAACAGAGGCGGCGGGGGAGAAGGAGGAGCAGCCGGAGGGGGCGCGCCGCGCUCACCGUCCCACCGCGUCGCACCCCUCGACACCUCGUACCGGCGCUCGUCCAGCGGAUACUACUCCAUCGACUCGCUGCCGGCCUCGCCGCGGCCCGUCGCGUCCACGCAGACGCCGAGUUUGCCGGCGCAGGCGGUGCUGCACGCUCAGGCGCGCUUGGCCGAGGAGGAGCUCGACUCGCCAUUUGUAGGAAGUUCUGCUGGACCUCCUCCCACCAGGCUCAGAGAUUUAGCAGGUGCCAUGCAAACCGUGGAGUUUGGACAGCAGCUUCGACGCAUCGGAGAUGACUACAAUGACUACAUACUGAGGAGACGUGCUCACCAAGCACCAGGGGUCCUGGACCUUCUUCCGGAGCUGCAUAAUUUCCACCAAGAUCCGGGCUUCCUGUUUUGCGUGGGCUUUGUGUGCUUUGUGAUCGCGUGGUACUGGGGCGGCGACCGAGCGGACCCCCGUCAGCGCUAACCGAAAAGUCAACCCGGCAGCCGUAGCAUCCGACAAGCCGUCUUAUUUCAGGAAUCACUUCACACAUUCUGACUGCGGGCACUUCAAGGAACUGGGAAAAUCCCGUUGUUUGCUGUGAAACCAAAGAGUUGGGAAUUUGCACUCCCAUCCGGAAAUCCGAACGUGCCUUGUACAUUUUCCUGAUAUUUCCUUUCGGUUUACUUGUUUGAGACGAUGUCUUCGUUGGACAGAAGUGAGUCAAAUGGUUAAACCAUGUGUGGGUCCAAAAAUUCCCGUGACCAAAGGGAUCUUUUAAAAGCGCCAAAACCACUGUUUUAAAACAUUUUUUUUUACAGUAUAUAUUUCUUAUCCGACGUCCGUUUCUCCCACGUUUAAACACAUCGCAUGUGGCCUAUUUCUUAAUAAGCUGGUUGGCUGCCAUUGAUAAUGUCUCAAAGACAUUUUGUUCCAUUUAUAACUACAAAUGGAAUUAAUAAUGUAUUCAAUUGAACUUUUUCUAGGGAGCUAAUUGAAAUGAUAUGAAAUAAACCUUUAAAAAUCAACUUUAUCAUGUCGUCGGGAGCAAUAUUAUUUGUCAUAACAAUAUCCCCAAAUCAACGGGAAGUGAAACAAUUUUGAUAGGAAGCAACAUGGAAAUACCCAAAAUCAACGAACCGACAUGAUAUAAAAAGCAGAGGUAGUCAACCAAGAAACCCUCCAAAUUCAGCAAGAAAUUACCCGGAAAUUACUUUAAAAAUCAACUACGCGAGUUAAUUGACCAGCAUAAAAGCAUUCCCACACAAUUUCUCCAGAAAUUACAUUACCAUUAAAAUUGGAGGGUUUUUUUAAUUACCCAAAAGUUACGAAACAAAUUGCUGCCACCCAAAACAAAAUUCCAGUGUCACGUUUAAAUGGGAUAUCAUGUAAAGACAUGAUAAUUAUGAGAACAUUUGUAAAAAUGUGAUAUUUAAUAACGUAAUAACGUGAUAAUUAUCAUGUAAAAUGUGAUAACUAUCAUAUAGGAAUGUGAGAAUUAUGUAAAAACUUGAUCAUUAUGUAAAAACAUACUAUCAUGUAAAAAUGUGAUCAGGUUAAAACGUGAUAACGAUCAUGUAAUUUGAUGCUAUUAAAUAAAAACGUCAGUUAUGUAAAAAAAAAAUGCAAUAAAGUAACUCAUGUGUUAACAUGAUAAUGAUCAUGUAAAAACGUGAUCUCAUGUAAUAACGUGAUGCUAUCAUAAAAACGUGAGAAUUAUGGAAAAACAUGAUAAUGUAAAAAAGUGGAAACUAUCGCAUAAAAAUGUGAUACAUAUCAAAUAAAAACAUAGUUGUCAUGGAAAAAACAAUUAUGUAAUAAAUAAACUCAUGUAAAAAAACGUGAUGACUCGUAAUAAUGUGAAACUAUCAUUAAAAACGUGACGACCAUGUAAAAACAUAACUGUCGUGUAAUAACAUGAUAACCAUCAUGUAAUAACAUGAUAAUCAUUUAAAACCUUGAUAACUCAUGUAAUAACAUGCUAUCAUAUAAAAACGUGUUAAGUGAUAAUUAUUACAUAAUGUGAUAAUUAUGGAAAAACAUGAUAAUGUAAAAAAGAUAGUUGUCAACUAAAAACAACUAUGUAAUAAAUUAACUAUCAUGUAAAAACGUGAUGACGAUCAAAGUGGAAACCCACAUAAAAAUGUGAUAGUUAUCACAAAAAACAUAGUUGUCAUGUAAAAACAAUUAUGUAAUAAUUUAACUAUCAUGUAAAAAUGUGAUGACGAUCAUGUAAAAACAUGAUAACCGUCGUUUAAUAACAUGCCUCGUGUAAUAACAUAAUUACCAUGUAAAAACAUAUUAAAAAGUGGAAACCUAAAAAUGUAAUUAUCAAAUAAAAACAUAGUUGUCAUGCGAAAACAUGAUGACGAUCAUGUAAAAAAAAAAAAAUACCUGUCAUGUAAUAACAUGAUAAUUACCAUGUUAAAACGUGAUAACGAUCAUGUAAUAACGUGAAAUUGUCAUGUACAAAUGUGAUACUAGACCUUUUUUUUUUUUUUUUGCGUGGCAGCAAUGCACUUCCGUACUUGCCCUAUAAAUUUCUGGAAAAAUAACAUUCUCAACAUUUUCAUGAUUGUAAUCCGAAAAAUAAUGUUAAAAAAAAAUAAAGGUCACCUUUAAGCUGCACACUCCUGUCAACGCUUUUACUGGAACAUCCACCAAAAAGUCCGCCUCCACUAGGACACCUUUGACAAAAACAGACAACCUUAUUUGUCCAGAAUGGCCGUUCUAAAAAGAACAAACGAGGACUUUCUUGGUGUUUGUGUAACCACUACAACCGAAUGAAAUACCACUUUGGUUCUCCGUUUUGGUGCUACAGCACUUUCCUUCUCCGUUUUGAGUUUUAGCCUGUGGACGUCAUACGGUAUCAUCAUCAUCAUCUGUCAGACAUCCGUCUCCCUCUGUUUAUUAGCACGCUGAAUCACAAGUCUGCGCUCGCCCGCCGGUCCUUUAAAAACACUCCUAGAAAGAGACGGCGAGACUCCUGAGCAGCAAAUGAAUGGUUACUAACCGAGCAGUGACCGGUCGCCGGCGAGUAGGAGUUACAAAAACAAACAAGAACGAGGAUUUCAAUGCACAGGUUGGCCUCAAUAUAGCACAAGUUGUGACGUAAGACAGUCAAACGCACCUUGUUUUGAGGUCAAAAUGUGACAAGUUUCGACUUCUAAAAAUAACUGAUCAUUGAUUAUAAAAAAUCUUGAGUCAUAGUUUCAUACCGGACAUUGCCCCUCCCACACAAAACUCAGUUGAGCGUGUUUGCACCGAGUCCGUGGGGGGUGUUUGCACAGUUGUGUCAACACGCAUCGAUUGCGUCACGGCUUACAUGACUUUCACCGCCGUCCCUGAACUCAGCGGCAUUUUUUUCACCACGUCAUGAGCCGUCGGCUACUGGCAAUAACACUUCCUUACAUUUACAUUCUUAUCAAAUUUCUUGUGCAAGCAAACAAUCGGCAUCAUUCUGAAAUGACAAAGAGGAGAUUGUUAUGCCUCACUUUUUAGUUGCCUGUGAUGCAUUUGUUUACUAAGAAAAAUUCUAUAUUCUUGAUGGAAUUCGUUCAAAAGGACAUUUUUAGUGCAAACAUUACAAGCAAACUAUUCGCAUAAUUACAAGUGUUCAGUGACGAGAUUGUUAUGCCACACUUCCUAGUACAGUGUCAUGCAUGUGUCAGUAAGGGACAGGCAAAUUUGGAAUUUAUUCAGUGGUAUUUAUUUAAGGUUUUUUUUUUUCCAACGCUUCCAAGUUGCUAGCAAAAUCAAUUUUCUGAAUGGACAAACAGGAGAUUGUUAUGCCAUACUCUUCAGUAACAUGUCGCCCAUUUGUUCAAAAGAAGAAAGUAACUAUAGUCUAGCUGGAAUUUGUUCAAAAAUAUUUUUUUGAAAUUUUUUGUGCAACAUUUCCUGGUUACAAACAUUCUGAAUGGACAAUGAGGGGAUUGUUAUGCCAUACUUCCUAAAGUAGUGCCACGCAUUUGUCAGGAUGAAACAAAUUUUAAAUCAGAUUUAUUAAGUUUUUUUUUUUUGUCCAACUGUUCCAAAUUACAAGCAAAGAAUUGGUAUAGAUAUGAAAUAACAGGAGAUUGUUAUGCCACACUUUUUUGUUACAUUUGUAAGUAAGAAAAAAAUUCUAGCUGAAAUUUGUUCAGAAGCACAUGUUUAGCGCAAACUUUACAAGUAAACAAUCCGCAUAAUUACCAGUGUACGGUGACGAGAUUGUUAUGCCACAUUUCCUAGUACAGUGUGAUGCAUUUGUCAGUAAGACACUGACAAAUUCUGACUGAAAUGUGUUGUUUGUGCAACAUUUCCUGGUUUUAAACAUUCUGAAUUGAUAGUGAGGGGAUUGUUAUGCCACACGUCUUAGUGUAGCGUCAUGCAUAUGUUAAGAAAAAAGUCAAAUUCUGAAUAGAAUUUAUUUAAGAUACUUUUGUCCAACCUUUCCAAGCAAAAAAACAAUAUUCCGAAAGGACAAACAGGAGAUUGUUAUGCCACACUUUUAAGUGUCAUGCAUUUGUCAAUAAGAAAAAGACUAAAUUCCAACUGAAAUUUGAUCAAAAAGAUAUUUGUUUUGCAAGAUUUUCAAGCUAGAAGCAUUCUAAAUAGACAGUAAGGGAUUGUUAUGCCAAGUGUUGUGCAUUUUUUUUUUUUUUUUUUUUU